AUGUCUGCGGAGUCGCAGGUCUUCGAAGCCCUGCGGUACGCCUGCAGCCAGGAUACGCAGAUGCUGAAACACGCCGAACAGAAGCUGGCGGAGUGGGAAAUACAGCCCGGAUUUCACCUCACACUGGUGAAGAUUUUCUCAGACCAAACACUCGACGCCGGCGUACGAUGGAUGGCGUCGAUGUACUUUAAGAACGGUGUGCUAAAAUACUGGCGCCAGAAUGCCCCAAACGCGAUAUCUCCCGAGGAGAAGCAAGAAAUAAGGACGCACCUGUUGGUGAAAUUCGAUGAACCCGUGCAGCAAAUCGCCGUUCAAAUAGCGGUUCUCAUAAGCAACAUCAGCCGAUUCGAUGGCCCAACGGAGUGGAAGGAACUGAUACCGACAAUUAUCAAGGCAGUGCAGAGCGAGGACAUGCUCGUGCAGCAUCGGGGCCUGCUGGUUCUGCUGCACGUCGUCAAAGUUCUGCAAUCGAAGCGGAUACCGCGCGAUCGUCAACUGUUCUCGAAUCUCGCCUCGACGUGGUUCGAUUUUGUGAUCAACCUCUGGGAGGGUUUCACGCAGCUCUUCUUCAAAAACAUCUGCGAGCAAAACUGCGCCAUUGAGGUGUGCGCCACUAACUUGGAGAAGGCCACGUUCAGCCUGCGCAUACUGAAGAAGUUUACAAUGUACGGCAUCAGCGACCCGCAAAAGUCGGACAGCUGCAUGAUGCUGGUGCGAGUAACGUUUCAGCGGCUGAAGGAUCUGCUCGAGUGCCGCUUGCGUGUUAAACGGAUGCAGCUCGAAGCGGAAAACACAGCAACCUCCACCGCUAUGGGCAAUGAAGCGUCCCAGAUGCUGGGCAAGCUGACGACUAAUGUGGAGAAAUUCAUCGUCAAACACAUGAAGUUCCUGGUGUUGUUCAACGACAAGCACGCGGAAGCAUUCGCAACGUUCGUUCCGAUUUCGUUCGAGUUUUGCUUCAACUAUGUGUUCCACGAAGGCACUAACCUAAUCUUCGAGGACAAUGUAAUCACGUUUCCUAACUUUGCCAUCCAGUGCCUGAGUUUGCUGAAGGAAAUUCUCUCGCCGACGUUUUCCCGCUACACCGUGAUGCUCCGUUCGGUGCGCACGCCGAGAUGUUCCUCCAAGAAAGAGUCAGAGGACCGUGUCAACAGCGCAAAGUUGGACUUCUUCACCCCAGAACGGCUCAGUUACAUCCUCGAAAAGAUCAUUAUGCACUACUUCCUCGUGACCCCGGAGGAGUUCGAGCAAUGGGACACGGAUCCGGAAGCGUACACCUCAGACGAGGGUGGAGAUUCGUGGAAGUACAAUCUACGUUCGUGCGCGGAAGCCUUCUACAUGAUCCUCUUCCAGAAGUUCAGCCCAACGAUGAUCGAGGAGCUGCGGAAAUACAUUUCGAAAUCGCAAUCGAUAACGCUUACGGAAAAUUCCGAUAUGAACGAUUUGUUGAUAAAGGACUCCAUCUACAAUGCGACGGGAUUGGCUUCAUUUAUUCUGUUCGACGAGGUAAAUUUUGACGAGUGGUUCACCCAGCAACUGCUGGAGGAGCUGAAAUUCAAAUCCUUCAACUUCCGCGUCAUUCGCAAGCGCAUCAUCUGGCUUGUUGGGCGAUGGACUUGUGUUAAAUUCUCGAGAGACUUGCGACCUGAAGUUUACCGCGCCUGUCUAGAGUUGCUUGCGCCGUCAGAAGAUUUGGCUGUCCGGUUGACUGCCUCAAAGACGCUUCGCAGUAUCAUGGACGACUUCGAGUUUGUGGCCGAACACUUUGCGGUGUUUCUGGAGCCCGCAAUUGCGCUUCUGUUCAGUUUGCUGAAGGAAGCGGUUGAGUGCGAAACAAAAAUGACCGUGUUGCAUGUGAUGUCGUUCAUCAUCGAAAAGAUGUCAGUUUCCAUACGCAUCGACGUGCAGAGCCUAGUCCAAUAUCUACCUCUGCUGUGGGAGGAAAGCCGCGAACACAACAUGCUGCGCUGUGCAAUCAUAUCGACUUUGUUGCAGAUAAUCAAAGCCUUAAACGAGAUACCUUCCUCGGAACCGACAGUUUCAUUUAUCUACCAAAUCAUCGAGAUGAGUACGAAUGUGAACGAACCGUCGCAUGUGUACCUGCUGGACGAAGGGCUGGAGUUAUGGCUCUCGGUGGUGCAAUACAGUCCUGGGAUGAACCAGGAGCUGUUGGAUCUGUGCAAAAGUUUGGUACCACUUAUACAGCAAUCCUCCAGCAAUAUGCACAUGUGCUUGGCGAUAGCGCAGGCGUAUGUGUUCCUGAAUGCGGAAGUGUUUCUUUCGCGGUAUGGCCAGGACAUUGUAAAAUCGUGCCAAUAUCUGCUGACGGACUUGCGCGUCGAGGGCGUGAUGCUGAUUUAUCGGUUUUUCACCACGCUGCUGCAAACCGCGCCAAAGUAUAGCAUUGAACUGCUCCGGCCGUAUUUGGUGGAAAUUUUCCGAUCAUACUACGAGCAGUCGAAUUUCCCGCAAGUGCUUCAGAUUUAUCUGCAGAUCAUGUCACGGAUACUGAUCAACGAUCAGAUAACGUUCAGCGUGAUCCUUUCGGAAACGGGUGCCCAAAACGCGCUGGAGAAAAUACUGACCAGCUGGCUGGAGGAUAUGCGCCGAAUAACGCCUCACGUGGAGCGAAAGCUGUUGGCGUUGGCCCUGUCGAGUCUGCUGACCGUGCCGAAUGAUGUCAUUUUUCACAACUUCGCUGGCAUUAUCACGAACAUAACCGAAACGCUAAACGACGUCAUGGAUGUGUAUUCUCAGGAAGGUUCGAAGGUGGACUCGCUAGUCAUUGACACCAAGGACGACAUCAGCCAAACGUUGUUCGAGUACGGGUUCAUUCCUAACGAUGAGGCUUUGGACGAGAUGCCUCACUACAGCCGUUGCCGUGCGAUCUGCUUGCAGGACCCGACGCAUACGAUCGUGUUGAAGGACUAUCUGCAGAAUCAGCUCGUGACACUGAAGAAUGUUAUUGGCGUCGAACGAUACCAAUCGCUGAUGUCCUCCGUCGACCUGCAAAUACUCAAGGAGUUGAGCAGUUUCGUGGUGCUUGGCAUCGAUCUACCGGCCGCCAUCACCGAGGGAGUAUAG